CAGCUUUUGUUCCUGUCUACACCUUGUCACUUUCUUCCUUUGGGGCUUGUAGAGAACGUUUUCUCCCUGGACCCGGAGUCAAUUCUCCAAAGUUUGCUCCCAUUCAAGAAGGGGUUUCAUCCCUUGGUCUUCAGCCUGAGCACGGUCCUCGGAAACAGCGAGUGAUGAGUAGCAUCACACCCAUGGAGGAGUGAGUAGAAGACCUGGUCUUUAGAAGACUGUUAUGGGCUGCUUCGGACAGGGCCAAGGUAUGUAUGGAAACAAAUCCUUUUCCACGUAGUGUCCAUCCCUGUGGCUGAGAGGUCAAGGCUGUAUUACACAACUGCAGCUCUUCAGUGAUGGUACCAUCUCCACUGACUCAACACCACCUCCUGUUUGGAAUGUAGACACCGUGCUACUAAUCUGGUGGGUGAAAUCAUUGACUACUAGUUCGGACUAUCCAUACUUCUUUGGAGUUCUUUCUUCAUCUUUGGGGUUCUCCUGGCUAUGGCUGGAAAAGCAGGGGAGCCCCGUGUCCCAGCCACCUUGCAGAAAUCCCGCCUGAAGGCCGAGGAGAAGAUUCUGGAUCUUGACUUUCAGCUGGAGAGCGUGCAAUUUAAUGAGGUAGGGAGGUAUGCCCUGCGGUUGACUGCAGAAAAUCCUCUGGUGGAGGGGUCUGAAUCUGGGGUGCAGCUGCGAGUAAAUGAAGGAGAAGUGCUUCACACCAACACGGCCACCACCGACGUGGUGGAGCAGACUAACCUCAGCGAAGUCUACCUGUUUGAGAAGCGGAGGUUUCUCUUCAUCCUGCCCAAAGGUUUCUGCAAAAAUGAUAAAAACCACGAUGCUCGGCUGCGGAUUGAAGCUUUACGCCAGCGUGGGUCCUUGUUGCUGAAGACCAGCGUGAAGACGGGGGAAGCUUUCUUUGCUAUUUACCCCCGCACUAACCAGCCUAGAAUGAACCUCUUUGCUAGCAAGGAUGAAGAUUUAUACCGCUAUAGUGAUAUUAUGGUGCUGCUCCGGGCUGGUAGCGAUGACUUGACCAUGCAUUGUGGAAGGUUGGCUUACACAGUAUCGUUCCAUGAACACCGACCUGGAGCCAAGAGGGAGAUACCCAUUACGCCACGCCAUCUUUCUCCUUUGGUCCCCCGCAAGGAAGAUAAGACACAGGCGGAGCUGGGAAGCUCUUAUCUGGCACCUUUACAGUUGUUGGGGGUCCAGCCAGAGAGGGCCCCAGGCAGUGCAUCUGAACGACCAUCUCAGCUGUCACUGACUGCAGAAUCCCAUGUUCGUGGGCGCUCACCAUACAGCCUGCUGGAGUCCCAGAAAGAAGUCCCCGAUGAAGACAUUCAAGACUUUUCAGAAGAAGAACAAUCCAUCUUAGCAGCUUCUUCUUCAUCCUCCUCCUCCUCCUCUUCUUCGCUUGCACCAGCUUUGCCAAAGCAGUUGCCAAGCGAUGCUAGUCUCCAUCUGCCUUCUCCAGGAGAUGUCCCAAAGCUAGCAUCUUUCUUAGGACUGCUGGUGAAAGAGGAUCCAGCUGGACCAGGACAACCUGCGUUGACGUCCCACACAAAUGACUGGCACCUGGCAAAUCCCGAAAAGGAAUCCAUCACCUUUGUCCUCCACAGUGCCUCCAACCUGCCCUCAACGCGCAAGGGGAAUGCCCCCCACCCGUAUGUCAUUGUCAAAACCACUUCCGAAGAAGACAGCAAACAGCCAGCUCAGGCAGUGACCCAUGUCCCCGCACAACCCACAUACGCUCCAACCUGGGAGGAAAGAGUGACAGUGGAAAUUGACUCCAUCAAGGCAGGAGAAGAAGAUGUGUCUCUCACUGUGGCUGACAAGGACACCAAAGAAAUUCUUGCGAAAUACAACAUCCCUGUAAAAUACCUGCGUCCUUUUCAUCAUUAUCACUGUGCUUUAGUGCUGCCACGGAAGAAGGACCAAACAGGAACCAAGUUAUAUGCAUCCAUCAUUCGUAAACGCAGCCUCAUCCCACGCUAUGCUGGAGUGAACUACACAGGGCUGGAGGUUUUCCUCAAGGGGUUCAAUGAGUCUCUUGCCCAGCCUGGUGGCAAAGUCAAAGCCGUUGCUAGAAUAGUGAACAACGUUGGAGCUUACGUAAGAGAGAUGCAGGAUCGGUUGCCUGAUGCUCCGGCCGUUCCCUUGACGGUGGUAAAUUUCCCAGAUCCUGUAAUGGAAGAUUUUGAUGUCCCUCGAGUCAACAACCAUGGAUAUCCACAGGUUUCUUCACUUGGUGGACCUCCUGAACAGCCCAUGUGGAAUACUUCCUUCCUGUUUCAAGGAAGGGAUGGUGCUACUGCUUUUUCAGAUGAUACGGCCUUGCUAAUUGAAUACUAUAAAUCGACACCAGGAGAAGAUCUGGAAGGCACAUCUCCGUUUUUAGGCUACUCCGUGCUGCCACUGACCAACCGAGUUUAUCGAAAGCUUGCAGCAGAUAGCAGCCGAAGUGGAAUUCGGGUAGAAAAUCUACUUAUCCAGGAUACCACUAUGAGAACCACGUCUGGUGGGCUCCCAACUGUCCAACUUGGCCUUCAGUUGAUCAAUUCAGAGAGGCCAGAUGUCUUUCUGACUUCAUCAACCACAAAUGGUCUUCCCAUCCUGGAUACGGAGUUGGUGGGACAGCUUGGGACUAUCAAGGAACCGUGGACAAGGCCAACUUCCAAAACUGAACAGAAGACCUCUUUUACUUCAGCUAGAGAUAAUGACUCCUACAUCGAACCUGAUCGUAAGUCUUCCUACUUUGACCUGACAGAGAUGCCAAACAACAGGUUUCCAUUAUCUGAUGCUGUAGCUAAGAUGCUGCCUGAGAAAGACAACAGGCCAGUCAUUGAAGAGAUCCAGGAUCUGGAAAUAGACAAUUACCGCGUAGCCAUGAAAAAAAUGGCGGAUGACAUUAUGUCUUUGCGCCAACAUAUUUCCACACUGGAGAGGGAAAACAGUGCGUUGAGACGCAACCUUGCCUUGCAUGAAGAUAUUGGCCGCGCUCUUCUCCAGGACAUUGAUCUGGAUGUUAUGACCAAGGCAGAAAUAGUCGACAGAAUAUUGGUCCUCAAGCAAAAAUUAUCUUCUGGGGCUCGGGAGAUGGCCAGGAUGAAGGAUCGGAUACAGAGACUGCAAAACGAAUUGAUUCGGAAAAACGACCGAGAAAAAGACCUGGUGAUGUUGCAGAAAGCUCACCAACAACAGCAGAUGGUGCUUCGAAAAUAUCAAGCCAAGAUCGCCAGGAUGCAAACGCUUGAGGAUGCCGUCAAGCAGCAGGAAAAGGUCAUCGAGAAGAUGGAGAGGAUGCUGGAAGGGAAGGUGAAGGAACAGAUCAAAGAAGCCUCGUUCGGGGAGUUAUCCAAAACGGCUGGUGACAAUUGGACCAAAGAUGUCUACUCCACCCUAUUGAUGGAGAACAUGAGGCUACGGGAUGAACUGGGGAAAACUUCUUUUCGUUCACCCAUCAUAUUGCAGCAGCAAGCAUUACCAGACACAUUUUCAUCCAGCUCAGAAAAGCUCUCGUUGAUUUCAAAGCUGGAGAAGGCUGAGGCACGCAUCCUUGCCUUGGAGCACCAGCUGGCGGACUCUGCCAAGAGCUGGGGGCGAGACAAGCAGAAUUACAACACUCGUCAGCUUGAAAACGACCUUGGGUUUGACCGAUCGCCGUCCUCGUUCAUAAUUCAUGAUGUUUUUCCGGACGAGAAGGAAAGGAGAGCGGAUGAAGAGGAGAAGCACAAAAAAUCAGGGAACGUCAUACAAAAGUAGCUAGUCAAAGGGCUGAAUCUCCUUAGAGAAACCACAUUAAAUUAACACAACUCAAGAGCCAUUGGAAUCCACCGCCUUUGACUUAAGUCUGGGAAGAAACUCUGGAAUUCUACCUGCUGCAGCAGAACAAAAUCUCUAUCGCGAAAUAUAUACUGUUAUAUACCUCUUUCCUGGAGAGAUGAGCUGAAUACAGACUUCUCUGUAAAACUA